AUGGCUGCCUUAAAUCAUACUGAUAUUAGCCACACAGUCUUCUACUUGCUGGGAAUCCCUGGCCUAGAGGACCAGCAUGUAUGGAUUUCCAUUCCUUUCUUUAUUUCUUACGUCAUUGCUCUGCUUGGGAACAGCCUCCUUGUCUUCAUCAUCCUCACAAAACGCAGCCUCCAUGAGCCCAUGUACCUCUUUCUCUGCAUGUUGGCUGGAGCAGACAUUGUCCUCUCUACGACCACAGUACCUCAGGCCUUGGCUAUCUUCUGGUUCCAUGCUGGGGAGAUCUCCCUUGAUCUCUGUAUUACUCAGGUAUUCUUUCUCUCUUCUACUGUUGUUUAUGAAUCAGGUAUCUUACUGGUGAUGGCAUUUGACCGCUACAUUGCUAUUUGCUACCCACUGAGGUAUAUAUCUAUUCUUACACAUGCACUUAUUGGGAAAAUUGGUGUGGCUAUCUUCCUGAGAAGUUAUUGUACAAUUUUUCCUGUGAUAUUUCUUCUGAAAAGAUUGACUUUCUGCAAAAGUAACAUCCUCCCAAACACUGUUUGUAAGCACAUUGUCUUGGCCCGUGUUUCUUGUGAUGACAUCCGAGUAAACAUCUGGUAUGGUAUUUUUGUCCUUAUGUCAACCAUGGUAAUAGAUGUUGUGCUAAUAUUUUUUUCUUAUGUACUCAUUCUCCGUGCAGUGUUUCGCAUGUCUUCCCAAAAUGCUCGCCACAAAGCUCUCAACACUUGUGGCUCCCAUGUCUGUGUCAUCAUCCUCUUCUAUGCCCCUGGCUUCUUCUCAGUCCUCACUCAGAGGUUUGGACAGCACAUUGCACCCCAUAUCCAUGUCCUCCUGGCCAGUGUCUACAUUCUGGCUGCACCUGUGCUGAAUCCAAUCAUUUAUGGUGUUAAGACCAAACAGAUCCGGGACCAGGUGAUUCAUGUGUUCUGUACAAAGCACAAAUGA